CCUUCCCACUUCUCUCAGUACAAGUCUAACUGCAGCAGGAAGCGCACUCUUGGAUUACACUCGCCUAUCACAGGAGUACAGUUUGUCUUCAGAGCAGCUCCAAGCCCCACAGAGCACGGCAGCAUGGGGAGCAGCAUGUCAUGUGUCCCCCAGCACAACUUCCGAUUCUCCAGCAAGAGUUUUAUACGCCGAAACAGCAGUCGCCUGUUUCGCAAGAAUUACCCCCAAGAGGGACAGGAAAAGUCCAACAGCAUCAUCAAUAUCCUGUGCACUGUCACCCCCAGAAAGGAAAUGUCCCCUAAAGAUCUGCAAAAGAUCGACAACAUAAAAUGGGAUCCUCCGUUCCCUUAUGACCCGGCCAGUGGCUGGAAGAAGAGUAGCAUCAAUGUGAAGAAUUAUGGACGAAUGAUUCACAGCUCCAAAGUUCGUUUUCGCUUCCUCCACUGCCAGGACGUACAUGACUGCUACCUGGAUCUCUUCCAGACACACCUUCAUUUUGUCUCCAACAACACAACCGGACUGACAUACCAGGGAACUCUUCCGUUAAAAGAACUCACCAUCUGCAACUUGCAACAGAACUGCAACCACAGCCAGCCCCAGGAAUUUGCCUUUCAAAUAAACGGUGUCAGCCUUAACCCCAUCAUUGUCUACUGUGCCAAACAAGAAGAAAUGGACCUAUGGUUUGGCCUGCUCAAAGAAAACAUUGAGGCCAAUGGGGGCACACCAAUUGCACCCGAAAACUUCACCAGAGUGAAACUACACCAGGACAAGACUCAUGAGGGCAGAGAGGAGCUGAGGAACUCCAUAAAUAGAGAGCCCAUCUACGAGUGGGAGGGCUCUCAGCGAGACAGCCUGGGCACCAUCACCUAUGUCACUAAAGUCCGACUGCAGCACCUGCCCUGUCAGGAACAGAGUGACAGACUGCUGGUAAUGUACCCAUCAACGCUGAUCAUCCUAUCAGAGGAGAAUGAUAGGCUCUUCUACAAGGGAAAACUUCCACUCAACAUGUUUACUGUGACCACACCCUGCCAAGACGUAAAGCCCAACACCUUUAUGAUUGAAGGGACGCUGAUCAAUCCCAUAGUGGUGUCGUGUCUGGAUAGGGCAGAGUUCUGCGACUGGAUCCAGCAUUUCAAAAGUGCUGACGUGCCCGUUCUCAGCCCCCCACCCCCUGUGUAUGACAUCAUCUACACCCCGACGAACAGAGAGGCUCCGCAGUUUGAUAGGUGGAGUGGAAACAGCCAUGGACGCACUGAUUCUCUUAAGUUCAGCCAGUCACAGAGUGGAUGCGGGUCCCACAACCUUCCCGUACCCAUUCACAAUGACAAUCCUCUCUCCCCAGGGUACUCCGAACCCCUCUGUUACAGCUCCAGUCGUCCCUCCUCGACAGAGACGGCCCACCUGGGCAGCAGGACUAACAGCGUGUCUUCCCACACCAGGCCCGAGCGCGACCUACGACCUUUGUCACUGCGCUACUCUUCCCCCCAGCGCAGGUCCUACCUCCAGCCUGUUGAGAGCUCAGUGAGGUCUCAGGUCUACAGCACACCCUACUCUGCCGUGCAUCAUGCCAGCCCACAGCGGCUGGAGAAAACCCCGCUUGUCAAGUCCAACAGCUGGAGCACUCCUCAGACAUCCCUGAACUACUCCCUGAACGCCCUACAGCGCCACUCGGACAUGUGCGCCCCCAGACAGCCCUUGUCGCCCCUGUACGAUGAGCCCUGCAGCCCUGAAAUCUACUCCCUGAAUGAGGUCAGGCCAGUGCAGCAGAGCUGGCAAGAGCCAAUUGAGCAAAACCACCGCCACCACCAGGAGCAAGGCCCCCAGCUCCUACCCUCAUCCUUCCAGCUCCGCACCCCUCCCAUGGGAAGGCGCUGCAGGAGAAGCCUGGUCCUGACCAACCCCCAGGGUAAGGCCCUGGGCCUGGAGGUAGAGACUCCUCAAAGCCAAGCAGAGCAGAGAGCCGAGUCUGUGUCGAGGCUAAAGCUGCUGUCUGCACCAGGCCAAGUGCAAGAGCAGAAUGUCCUCCCGUCGAGCUCUGUGAGGAACACCUCUCAGAUGCCUUAUGGUUACUCACCAGAUCGCCACUCGUACCUUGAACCCACAGAUCUAGAGGACCAGGAAAUGGACUAUGACAACAUUUGGGAGUAUGACUGUGAUACUGGAAUGAUUCAGCCAACGUCUGGAAUUUCGACACACUGGACAGGAUUAGAAUUUGGGGCCAGAGGCCUUGGUGCCAUGGCAACCCAGCAGAGAUGGUCAUAAAACAAAACAAUAGCCCGGCACUUGUCUGGACGUGUGCAAACAACAGAUCUCUAUCAGUGUGAUAAUAAAAAGCCAACUAGCACAGCCUGUGUUGCUCCCGCUGCAUAUAGCAUUCACCAACAAAUCCCAUGAACUGCAUCGUUAGAGGUUGGGUAGUCAACCAGAGGAAUUAUGAGUGCAGGAAUGAAGAUGAACAGGCUAAAUCAAGAGAUUAUGAACUAUGACUUCAACUGUCCGAUAUGUAGCAGUCAAAAGAGAAUAAAGCAGAGAGGCUAUUCUGUGUAGCUUUAAUGUUAUUUUGUAUGUAUUAUAUAAAUGCACAACAGGUUUCUUAUGUAGUGCACAAACCUCCAGUUUUGUUUUAAUAUAUUUAAGUAUUUCUAACAUACUGUCCAGUUUACUUUUUGUUCUAUAUUUCGUUUUACUUGAUUUAAAGCUAUAAAAAGCAUUCCAUCAGAGCUUGUUAUAGUAAAGGAUGUAUAUUUUUGUAAAUAUUGUAGAUUUAUUAUUUUAUUAUGCUACAUUAUCAAGGCAAGUAGAUGUGGCUUCAACUCACUGCCUUAAAGGUGCUAAUAUUACUAGCACUACAGUACUGUAGAGAUAUCUGUGGCUUAAUUUUUCAUUUUUGUUUGAGGUGUUUAUUUAUAUUUGGAAUUAAAACUG